AUGGACGAUCAACAACCGUCCACAUCAAAUGAGUCGCCGAAAACAUUUCGUAACUUGCCGACAAAUGGAAAUCGUUAUAUGGAAAACCCUCACUUCCAUGAGACUGACCAAGGCACUCCACGAGGCACUGAUUGCUUCUCUGAACAUAUCAAGAUACUCAAGAGAUGCCCAUGGUAUUGGGGCGAUAUCACGUGGUCAGAAGCUGAGUCGUUGCUUCUCCCGUGUCCAGAGGGAACAUAUCUGUUGCGAGACUCGAGAAACGAUUCCCACAUUUUCACCGUUUCCUGGAGGAGUCGAGAAAAAGUGUUGCACAGCCGCAGUUUGCUUUAUUGGAACGCAAAAAGCGGACCGGACAUCACAAAGAUUUUGGAGAAAGCGAUUCGGGAAUCACAAAGCGGCGAGGCGAAUCUUUUGAUGCACCGUAGAGGAGAGGCUGACCAGGCCGAGCUGUGCACAAUCACAAUGCCGUUGUCCCGUUUCGAUCUUUUCCCACAAUCGCUCUCCUAUUUGUGUCGAUUGGAGCUCCGUCUCACCCACGACGUCGUCUCAUUAUCGAGAGCUCGGCAUGUGCCACCGCGAAUUCUCGACUACCUACUUGAGCCGCGUUUCUUGGCUCCACCAAUCGAGUAUUGCGUCGAGCAAAUCAAAAAGAGAUAUCGAGCUGAAAUCGAUCUU